AUGAAUUUAUGGGCAUGGGGUGCCAAUUCACAUGGUCAACUUGGUCUUGGAAUUAUUACUGAACAAGUACAGGAACCUACUAAAGUUAUUCUUCCACAAUUUUGCAAUAAAAUCAAACAAAUUUCAUGUGGUGGUGGUCACACACUUCUUCUUAAUGAUGAAGGUAAACUUUAUUCUUGUGGAUGGAAUUUAAACCGUCAGCUAGCCAUAGAAAAAAUAAGUCAGAAAUCACUGGAAACAUUUGAAAGAGUAUGGUGCCUAAGUGGCAUCACAUUCACAAAUAUAUCUACUGGCUGGGAUUUUAGUUGUGCAGUAACAGAUGAUAAUUUUUUAUUUGUUUGGGGCUCAAAUAAUAAUGGUCAAUUAGGACUGCCAAGAUCACAUUUUACUGAAGUAAAAAAGCCUGUUAGAUUACAAGUAAAUGCUUGUGCUGUUUCAAUGGGAUUAAGGCAUACUGCGAUUAUAAACUCUAAAGGUGAAGUAUGGGUUACAGGAUGUGGAAAACAAGGCCAACUUGGUUUAGGAAAAGAAACAUUAUUUUCUGAUAGAUUCCAAAAAGUUGUGAACAUUGAUAAGAUAUCUCAUAUUGCAUGUGGACAAAAUCAUACAGUAGCUUGGUCAUCUGACAAAAAUGUUCUAUAUGUUUGGGGUGAAAAUAAACAUGGUCAGUUGCUACAACAAAAUAGUAGUUUAAAGCAAAAUAUAUGGGUCCGUAAUAUAUAUGAACCUCAAAAUAUUGAUUUAGACAUUAAACAAAAGGUAAAAAAAUUAUUAAGUGGAUGGACAAAUAUUCUUAUGUGGCUGGAAGAUGGUACCAUACUCACUUGGGGUCGUAAUAAUUACUCUCAGCUUGGUACUAAUGAAUCCUUUGUAGGAAAAAUAUUUCACAUUGAGCUUCCAGACAAUAGAAAAGUAAAAGAUGUUGCCUUAGGUUCAGAGCAUACAAUAUGUUUAAGUGAAGACAACACUUUAUGGGCUUGGGGCUGGAAUGAACAUGCUAAUACAGGAAUUUCACUUGAACCAGUAAUUUCUUUUCCAACUAUUGUCCCCAUUAAAUGUAAUAAAGAUGAAAUUAUAACACAAAUCUAUGCCGGUGGAGCUCAUAAUUUCAUUGUCACAGAGUUUAAUAAAACUUAUGGCAGUGAAGAAAAAUUAUAG